GCAGAACAAUUCCCGGCCGCAUCCUGCCCAGCCUGGUGCGGGGGGGGCGCACGGCGAGGGCACCCCCGGACACACCGGGCAGGGCCAGGGGUGACGUGGGGGGGAAGCGGAAGGGCCCGUUUCCUCCUCCGUGGACCCCCACACACACCCUGUGGCUCGUCACCACCGGAGGAGGGACCGUGCCGGGGUGUGUGGGGGGGAAGCGAUUGGGGACCCGCAUGCGUCCCCCCCCCAGUGCGUGGGGCGCCCCCGGCCUCGUGAUGCGCGUUCCUCAAUGGCCGCCUUGUCCCCGCGCCGCCCGCGUGACGCCCCGUUACCCUAACGGGGCCCGGCCGUGGCCGUCUGUCCGUGUGUCCCCCCCAGGCUGCGUGUUCCUGUGUCCCCCCCUCCCCACCAUGGCGCCCCGCUGCCUGCUGGCCCUCGCCUCGCUGCUGGCCCUCGCCGCCGCUGCCGCCGCCGCCACCGCGCCGGGGUCCUCGUGGAGCGCCGUGCCCCGCAAGACUGUCCCCUACGCGGAGCUGCAGGACGUGGCCAAGCGCUUCUCGCAGGGGGGGGUCUCUCACUACCUGACCCUUACGCUGGACGCAGCCGAAGCGCUGCUCUACGUGGGGGCCCGUGAGGCCGUCUUUGCCGUGGCCACCGGCACCGUGGAGCUCAAGGCAGCGAUCUCCUGGGAAGCCCCUGUGGAUAAGAAAGCCGAGUGCAUCCAGAAGGGCAAGAACAACCAGACCGACUGCUUCAACUACGUGCGGUUCCUGCAGAGCUACAACAGCUCCCACCUCUACGCCUGCGGCACCUACGCCUUCCAGCCCAAGUGCACCUACAUUGAACUCUCCGGCUUCACCCUGGACCAAGUGGCUUUUGAAGACGGCAAAGGGAAGUGUCCCUAUGACCCCACCAAGGGACACACCGGCCUCAUCGUGGACGGGGAGCUCUACUCAGCCACCUUCAACAACUUCCUGGGCACGGAGCCCGUCAUCCUCCGCAACCUGGGCCCCCACUACUCCAUGAAGACCGAGUACCUCACCUCCUGGUUGAACGAGCCCCACUUUGUGGCCUCAGCGUACGUGCAGGAGAGCACGGCCAGCACCACCGGUGACGAUGACAAAGUUUACUUCUUCUUCAGCGAGCGCGCGGUGGAGUACGACUGCUACGCCGAGCAAGUGGUGGCCCGCGUGGCCCGGGUCUGCAAGGGGGACGUCGGCGGGGCCCGCACGCUGCAGAAGAAGUGGACGACGUUCCUGAAGGCCCGUUUGGUGUGUUCAGCCCCCGAGCAGCAGCUCCACUUCAACCGCCUCCAGGCUGUGUUCACCCUCCCUGGGGACGAGUGGCAGGACACCACCUUUUUUGGGGUCUUCCAGGCUCGCUGGGGGGACGUGGACGUCUCGGCCAUUUGCCGGUACCACAUCCUGGAGGUGAAGAAGGCGUUCGAGGGCCCCUACAAGGAGUACCGGGAGCAGGCGCAGAAGUGGGGCCGGUACUCGGAUGAGGUGCCGAGUCCCCGUCCUGGCGCGUGCAUCACGGACUGGCACCGCCAGAAUGGCUUCGCCAGCUCCCUCGAGCUGCCCGACAACACCCUCAACUUCGCCAAGAAGCACCCGCUGAUGGACGAGCCCAUCCUGCCGCACCGUGGCCGCCCGCUGCUCCUCAAGAAGGACUCCAACUUCACCCAGCUCGUGGUGGACCGAGUGGCCGGGCUGGAUGGUGCCAUCUACGAGGUGCUCUUCAUCGGCACAGGUGACGGGUGGGUGCACAAGGCGCUGAACCUGGGCACUCGCAUCCAUCUGGUUGAGGAGCUGCAGGUUUUCGAGCCAGCGCAGCCCGUGGAGAGCCUGGUGCUGGCUGGACGGAAGAAGCUGCUCUUUGCUGGCUCCCGGUCCCAGUUAGCCCAGUUGCCACUGGCCGACUGCAGCCGCUACCAGUCGUGCACCGACUGCGUCCUCGCCCGGGAUCCCUACUGCGCCUGGAGCCGCAAUGCCAGCCUCUGCGUGCGCACUGACGGCCUCAACGGGUCCCAACUGGUCCAGGAUGUGCUGAGCUCCGACACCCGCGCCUGCACCCUGCCUCAGGUGGCCAAGCAAGGUGAGACCGCGGCGAUGCCGCGCAGGGCUGGGCUCCUCCCCGGCUUUGUGCCUCCCCUCCUGACCCUGCGCCGCUCUCCCGCAGGCUCCAUCACCCCCAAAAAUGUGACGGUGGUGGCAGGCACCGACCUGGUGCUCACGUGCCGCUUGGGCUCCAACCUGGCGCAGGCGCUGUGGACCUUCGAGGGCCGGGCGCUGGCGGCCGAGCAGGCGCUGGUGCUGCACGACACGCGCCUGCGGGCGCUGGUGGUGCCGGGGGCCGGGGCGCAGCACAGCGGCACGUACCGGUGCUUCUCGGAGGAGCAGGGUGCCCGCCUGGGCGGGGAGGUGUACCGGGUGGUGGUGCUGGCCGGGGCCGGGGUGCCGCUGGAGACACGGGCGCCGCUGGAGAGCCUGGGGCUGGUCUGGGUGGUGGCCGUGUGCCUGGGUGCGCUGUGCCUGGUGCUGGUGCUCGUGGUGUUCUCGCUGUGGCGACGGCUGCGGGAAGAGCUGGGGAAAGGCGCCAAAGCCAUUGAGAGCACCCUGGUGUACCCCAUCGAGCUGCCCAAGGAGCCCCCCAGUCCCCGCUUCAUCCCCAGUGCCGCGUCUGACUCGGAUGAGAAGCUCUGGGACCCAGCCAGUUACUACUACUCGGACGGCUCGCUCAAAAUCGUGCCGGGUCACGCCACGUGCCGCAACGGCGGCCCCCCCGGUGCCACCUCGCCACCAAGCGCCAUCCCCGGGCAGCCCCUUCACUCACCCACCCGCAUCCACCUCGGCCCCCUGCGUGGUUCCUCCUCCAACGGCUACAUCCGCCUGGCGCUGGGUGCUGAGGAGCGGCCGCCCUGCGCCGACCUGGCCGAGGAGCUGCGGCGCAAACUGCAGCAGCGCCAGCCCCUGCCCGACUCCAACCCUGAGGAGUCGUCGGUCUGAGCCGCCGGUGGCCGCCGAGCAGCCAUACCUACCUCAGGGGCACCCGCCGCGGGGACCCCGGCCCCGGCACCCACCGUGGGGACCAGCGCCUGGGCACCAGCACCCGCCUUGGGGCUGCGGUGUGGGCGCUGGUGCCCGGUGUGGGGAUGCCGGUGCUGGUACCUGUUUUGGGACUGCCACGUUGGCACUCAUCGUGGGGCCGGACUGUCACCCCAGGUACCCGGCUUGGUCACUGCCACCCCAGCACCCGCCUUGGGGCUGUGGCGCUGGCACCAUGACACCCGUCUUGGGCCACCGGAGCUGCUCUCGGUCACCGCAUCCGCCUUUGGUACCGUGUCCCAAGCAAGGGACUGACCUUUGGGGACUGCCACCAGCCUUGGGGACCAGUGAGCCCCCCCGGGUGCCGGGUCCCAGCCCGGGCAGUGGCCACAGGAUGAUUUUUUGGGAUGAUUUAAGAACCGAUCGGGUUUUUUCUUCCUGAAACCUUUUCUAAUGCCCCCCCCAACACCCACCCCAGGGCUUCGUACCCCUUUGGCCCUGGUUGUAAAUACCCCCCCCCCCGCCUGCCACUCCCCUGCACGCUGCCCGCUCGGGCCCUUUUGUAUAACUCCCCACCCCCAGUGUAAUUUAUUUGUUACCAAAAUAUAUUUAUUUGCUGUAAA